AUGUCAACUAUUUCUCUCGCCGAUGAUGAUCGCUACAUUCUGGGGCGCGAUGCAGUUGAUUCGCUCUCUGCAGAACCUGAUCCGUCAUCCAAUAACAUCGAGAUUUACUACCAGAAUGAAGCCAAGUCCAAAUCUAAGCCCAAGAAGCGCUUCAAAGGUCCUGCACAAACAAAAUUGUUGAUAGUUGAGGAACAGCUAAAGAAAAAUAAGGAUAAAGAAAAUAUUAAUACGAUAUUUGUCGCGGACACUGAGCAUGGCGGCGUAAACUUUUCCGCCGAUAACACUGAUGUUGACCCGCUAGAAUUGACAGUUGGCCCAGAAUCCUCGGUGAACAUUGUUUCCGGCGAUAUAUCAGACAGAUUUUUGUCAGUUUUGGAGAAACCAUCUGUUGACGUUGGGAUCACAUCGGAAUCUAAUCCAAAUCCAUUCGUCGGGCAACUGAAUGAAGGAACAGAAAACAGUGCAAACGAUGCCCAACUUCAAGAGGAAAUCUCGCAAUUGCAAAAGGAAAAUUUGAAAUUAAGGAAUCUGAAUAUGAAGCUACAGGAAGCAUUGAUGGAGAAACCGGGGGGAGAUGUUUUCAGAGAGCUUCCUGGUUACCCGGACAAAGCAUGGUUACUGAAAGUAUCUCAGGCGGCCGAUGAAUCGGACUACAUGUUCGUUAAGGAGCUGGUGCUCCAUCUAUGGCCUGAAGGAAUAGGAAAUGCAACUGUUUCAGGUAGAAGAUCCAACAACCCAAGCGGCAAAAGAAAGGCAACAUCGAUGGAAGAACCUGCUCAGCUCGAAGUAUCGAAUCCUCCGGAUAAAUUAGACCCGGAAAAAGUUGAAUACAUCAAGGAUCGACUUUUCGAACGCAGGAUCUUAUUGAAUGAUCCUCGAGGCACCGCAUUAAAAAUUGCGCGAAAGGUUCCAAAAUUCAUUGCAAUCGUCGUCGCCAACAACCCAACUCUCCGAUCAGGAUCCUAA